AAGGAGAAGGAGAAGGAGAAGGAGAAGGAGAAGGAGGAGAAGGAAAAUGAGGAGAAGAAGGAGAAGAAAAAGGAGAAGAAGAAGGAGGAAAGCCAGCUUUUCGGCAAAUCUAAGGUUCCUCUUGCCGGUUUGAACCUUGUCGUGCAAAAUCGGCUCAACUUCUCGGCUGUUGGUGACAGCCCAAUUCGUGUCCUAACCAACGCCACGGCUACUCUUCUGACAAUUGAAUUGGGUGUGGACCCGAGCUCGAGGCAUGGUGAGUUGUCCUGCCUUGGCCAGCCGCGACCCCUUUCUUCACGCAGGCCAUCUGCGACUCGAGCCCUCCGCCGAGGUCAACAGAUGGCCUCAACCCGUCACAACCACCCAUCCGCAGGGGGCUCCCGAGGGGCGGGACGCAAAGAUGGGCGCGAAACACACGACUCUGAUCCAGAAGAGAAGAGUUUGCACUACCUUCACGGCAUAAUCGCCAAACAGACACACACAAACCCGUCGACGUGGGACGCCUCCAAGUUUCCUACACAUCUCAGACCAAUGUCCGCGCCGACAGACACUCAAAUCCACUCAACAGAACACACCUGUCUCAAGAGUGUACACAUUACCACGCAUGUGGUACAGACAGACACGUCUAGACGGCCAAAUCUACGCCGUAAAUGUGCUCUUGUCACUGCGCUUGGUACACACCAUCUUACACACGCUCCAGACUAA